GGACAGGUAAGCCUUCGUAAAUUAAACCAGAAAAACGGGAAGGUAUUGUAGAAAGCGCACCAAGAACAAAAUGCAAAUGGGUGAACGGUGGGGUUAGGGGAUUUCCGAAGUAACCCACUGAAGGCCGCCCCUACCGUACACACACAUACACACACACUCACAAAUGAUGGAGCUGGAGAAACUGCAGUCGGGCGACCCGUGCCGAGAGUGCCUGGACCUGGGCCUGGACCACAGGCUACGCUACUUUUACAUCAGUCUCGAGGAGCAGCUGCUAAAGUGCGAGUCCCGCAGCUGCCUUUGGCCACAAAACGAUGAGGUUUCCUCUGACGAGGAAUUCGACUUUGGAGAAACAGUUCCCAUUGAAGCCCCACAAAAUGAAAACACUGCUGCUCCAGACGAGGCCGAUGAGUUCAUCCUGCAGCUGCUGCAGGACCUGGGGUCAGGCGUAGAGCCAGCAGCAGUGGAGACCCAGCCGGCGUCUGAUUUGAAUCUCAUCUCCAUGCCGGAUCUUCUUUCUGGUCCUCUUACUGAACCUGAGGCUUGUACAGGGCUAGAUUUUAGCUGGCUGGAGCCGAGCAUUCCCGAUAAGAGUGAAUUCCCGAAUCGCGUGAUAACCAAAGAAGAAAUUCCGCAACUGCCUAAGACGCUGCAGACUGCGCCUAUGCUUAGUCCAAAUACUGAUACCUUCAACACUGCGCCGAUACUCAGUCCCAGAGCUAGGCCAAGGAGCGAUCCCUUCUGCACUCCGCUCCCGAAGGCAUCCACUCUGCCCCGGAAAGAAGCAAACCUUAAUCCAGUGCCCUUGAAGACGGCAUCAACACAAGCGAGAAUUACCGAGAAAGAAAUUCUCAGCAAGGACAACCCGUUCCUGGACGCCAUAAAGCGGCAUGAUGUUACGCCAACCCGCAGCUCAAAGACGACGCGCAGACGCCCAGUAGUCAGAACUGGGACGGGCACGGCUUUGCGGACGCAGGCGGUGAUGCAGCUGCUCAAGCACCGGCAGGAGCAGGCAGUGGGAGCCGACUCGGAAGUGAAGCGCCCACCACAGCUAUGAAAAUUUGCAAUUCUUUUUGUUUGAAUAAAUUUGCGAAUGGAAUUAUGCAUAUGAGAAUACGAGAAA